AUGCGAAGCAGAGAUCAUACAGUCUCGGCAACUCACGGUGACAUGGACCAGAACACUAGGGAUAUCAUCAUGCGUGAGUUUCGGUCUGGCUCUUCUCGUGUUCUCAUUACCACUGACCUCCUGGCCCGUGGUAUUGAUGUGCAGCAAGUGUCUUUGGUUAUCAACUAUGGUCUCCCAACUCAACCUGAAAACUAUCUCCACCGCAUUGGUCGUAGUGGGCGAUUUGGAAGAAAAGGCGUUUCGAUAAACUUUGUGACAUUGGAUGAUGCUAGAAUGCUGGCUGAUAUCCAGAAAUUUUACAAUGUGACUAUAGAGGAGCUGCCAUCAAAUGUUGCUGACUUGCUCCGAUGA